AUGGCAUUUCAAGGCUAUCCAAUCUUAGGCCUCCUAGCUCUUCUUGGCUUAUUGAUUAAUGUCAUUGCUGUUACACCAAGCUAUGACACUACUUCACUCAAUCGGAGUAGUUUUCCAAGAGGUUUUAUUUUUGGGACAGCAUCAGCAGCAGCUUAUCAGCAAGAAGGUGCAGCAAAAGAAGAUGGUAAAGGACCAAGUAUAUGGGACACUUACACUCAUAGAUAUCCAGGUAGGAUAAAGGAUGGUAGCAAUGGAGAUGUAGCUGUCGAUCAAUAUCAUCGGUACAAGGAAGAUGUUGGGAUUAUGAAAGAGAUGGGUUUAGAUGCAUAUAGAUUCUCAAUAUCAUGGUCCCGAGUACUACCAAAAGGAAAACUAUGCGAGGGUGUGAACAAAGAAGGAAUCAAAUACUACAACAACCUAAUCAAUGAGCUACUAGCCAAUGGUCUACAACCCUUUGUGACCCUCUUCUACUGGGAUCUUCCUCAGGCAUUGGAAGAUGAGUAUGGUGGUUUUUUAAGCUCUCAUAUUGUGGAUGAUUUUCGGGAUUAUGCUGAGCUUUGCUUUAAGGAAUUUGGUGAUCGUGUUAAGCAUUGGACCACACUAAAUGAUCCAUGGAGCUACAGUCUAGGUGGUUAUGCAUACGGGGCGUUAGCACCAGGUCGAUGUUCUGAUUGGCAACAGUUAGGUUGCAUCGGUGGAGAUUCCAGGACAGAGCCGUAUUUGGUGUCACACAAUCAUCUUCUUGCUCAUGCAUCCGCUGUCAAAGUGUACAAGCAAAAAUAUCAGGUAGCACAGAAAGGCAUUAUAGGUAUAACCGUAGCUGUAAACUGGAUGGUGCCAUUUUCUGAUGCGAGGCAAGACAAAAUUGCCGCACGAACAGCGCUUGAUUUCAUGUAUGGAUGGUUUAUGGAUCCCCUAACCAAUGGUGACUAUCCACAUAGCAUGCGAUAUCUAGUUGGCGAUCGAUUACCCAAAUUCACGAAAGAGCAAUCUAAGCUAGUAAAUGGUUCAUUUGAUUUUCUAGGGCUAAACUACUAUACUGCUAAUUAUGCAGCCUAUCAAGAUUACUCCAAAGCUGAAAACGCAAGCUACAUAACAGACUCGCAAGCUAAUCUUUCUUCUGAUCGAAAUGGGAUCCCCAUUGGUCCAGAGGCUGCUUCAAAUUGGCUCUAUGUCUAUCCAACUGGAAUUCGAGACCUUCUGUUAUACACAAAGAUAAAGUAUCACAACCCACUAAUUUAUAUUACCGAGAAUGGAGUUGAUGAGUUCAAUGAUGCCUCCUUGUCGCUUGAGGAAGCCCUUGAAGACUACCACAGAAUUGAUUAUUACUAUAGUCAUCUUCACUAUCUUCAUAGUGCUAUCAAGGACGGUGUUAAUGUGAAAGGAUUCUUUGCGUUUUCAUUGUUGGACAAGUUUGAAUGGGAUGUAGGUUACAGUGUUCGGUUCGGCAUCAAUUAUGUAGACUACAAAAAUGGGCUAAACAGACAUCGCAAAUUGUCCGCCCAUUGGUUUAAGAAUUUCCUCAAGAAAUAG